AUGGUUCAGGCACUGGAGUUUCCAGUAGAACUAGCUCUUUUAUGUCAGAGCAAGUCGAUUCAUAAAAAUAGUAAUAUUUUAUCAUUAGAUCCUUUUAUAGAUAAGGAUGGUCUUAUUAGAGUAGGAGGGCGACUUAAACAUUCAUCUCUAACAUUCGAACAAAAACAUCCUAUUUUGUUGCCCGGAAAACACAUAUUAACAAAGCUUUUAAUAAAACACGAGCAUCAUAAAUGUUUACACGCCGGUAGUCAAUUAAUUCUUGCACGAUUGCGUACUAAAUUUUGGCCAAUUAAUGGUCGUAAUGCUGUUCGCAGUGUAUUAAAGAAUUGCCUCACGUGCUUUAAAACCAAUCCAAAAACAGCGGUUCAAAAAAUGGGUGAUCUACCUGAAUCGCGAAUCACACCUUCUAGGGCGUUUUAUCAUUGUGGCAUUGAUUACACUGGAUUUUACAAUUUAAAAGACGGAAAAUCAAGAACACGGACUUUAGUUAAAUGUUAUUUAUGUAUAUUCGUUUGUCUAGCUACUAAGGCCGUACAUGUUGAGUUAGUUUCCGAUCUUACUACUGAAACAUUUAUGAACGCGUUUAAGAGAUUCGUAUCUCGGAGAGGUCUAUGUCGACAUAUUUAUACUGACAACGGUACUAACUUUGUUGGUGCUCAUAACAACAUGCAAGACGUUUAUAAGAUAUUAAAAAACUUAAACGAUAAUGAAAAGUAUUAUAACUAUUUUAAAGAUCAUAUUAUCGAAUGGCAUUUCAUACCUGCAAGAUCUCCUCAUUUUGGAGGCAUGUGGGAAGCGGCAGUAAAAUCGUUUAAACAUCAUUUAAAACGAGUUGUACAGAUGCUAGUUUAA